AUUUUGACCAAUCCUUGAGUGACAGAUGAUACGUUGUUUAUUAUUAGAAAAUAUUGUUCCAACAUAAAACUAUUAUUUACUGAUCAACAUUUCCACUGAAUGUAAAUUAUUGAGACAUUAUUUAAAUACCAUUAUAUAUCAGCAGUGUAAUACUUUAAACACCAACUUUACUAUUCAAGUUGUUAAAUUAAAAUCUUUUUAAAAAUCAGUAAAUAUAUUAAUAUAAAAUCAUUAAUCGUGAAUAAAUUUCUUACAAAUAAAGUACAUUAAUUUCAAAAGAAAUAAAUCCAGUAUUAUUUAUAGAUAUUUAAAGUAUUUAUUAUAAAUGUAAUCUAUUGAUACAAAUUAUUAAUAACAAAGAUGUUAUCUGCCAUUGUAAAAGAACACCAAAGUAAACAAGCAGCAAGAAAGGAGAGACAAGAGCAAAAGAGAAAGGAAGCUGUACAAGCUGCAAACAAUUUAACCCAAGCUUUAGUUGAUCAUUUAAAUGUUGGAGUGGCGCAAGCAUAUCUCAAUCAGAAGAAACUUGAUGCAGAAGCAAAACAAUUGCAACAUAGCGCAACAAAUUUUGCCAAACAAACACAAUCAUGGCUGAAUUUAGUGGAAGCUUUUUCCAGUGCUUUAAAAGAAAUUGGCGAUGCUGAGAAUUGGGCACGUAGUAUUGAAGGGGAUAUGAGAACCAUAGCAACUGCUUUAGAAUAUUCUUACAAAGCUACUCAAGAAGCACAAGGGACCAGUACUUCUUAAAAGCUCAAGAAUACAUACGUUUAAGUGAACCUAAGGAUAAGUGUUAUUUAAUGUCAUUAUAAAAUUUAAUGUUGUUUUACGUUUGUAUUAUUAUAUGUUAAAAUAAAUUUUAUCAUUUUUUCUUUC